UUUCUCAAAAAAGGAGAUCAGGUUGGAUAACGUGGGUGUCUGUGGAUUUGCAGGGCUCUAGUGAUGUACCACAGAACUCUAGUGACUAGUAGUGCACUGGCUGGGCGUGGCGGAGGCACACAGAGGUCAGCAGGUGAUAGGAAUAUUCUCACACCUGUGUGGAGUGGGACUGGCUUCCAGUGCGACAUUUCAAACUCAGAUCCUCAGUUGGGGAGUUGGACAUGCGGCCUCCAGUUCCGAGCGGGAGAGUCAGCCUGCCGAGAGGAAAGCAGUAGCGUAUGCCGGGGCAGGCUAGGAACACGGUGAAGGAGACUUUCCAAGAGGGAUCUGGAUCUCAAAUGUGGCCAUCUGACGUGAGGAGAGAUGUGUGUGUUUGUUUCCGUGUGGCUUUGUGCCUCUCCCCUGCCGUGCAGUCUGGGGCAUAUCAGUCUGGGCAGAGCCGGAGCAGGAAAUGGGCUGCUCUUCUGUUCUGCCAUUCAGCAGCACUCUGAAGAAAACCCGAGGCCAGAGACUUGUUCCCUCAUUGGCCUGGGCUUGAAACUGCCCGUCAGUCUGUGAUCCCAGGACACAAGCCAGCAGUUUGUCUGGCAAGCAGUAAUUCCGCUUACCCAAAGUGGGUUCGUGGCUGCCAGCUGCCUGGAUAUUGUCUCCGGGGCUGGGUGUGGCGCAUUCAGCUCCAAAUCGAGCGUUACGGGAGAGGUGACCAGCAGGGAGAGCCAGCACACCGCCUGUGUCCACAAACACAAGGGCGCUCCUUCUCUCGGAGCCAGCUGCACCAGGGGGCUUUGCAGCGCCCUGGCUGUGUUUUAAGGGAGAGUUUCUCCAAGGGCGGCUUUUUGGGUCAGACUGGGCCCGGGGGGAAGCCCGUGUCCGGAGUGGGUUGAGGGAAGGGUGCUCACUCUGUCCUGGCUCUCCACAGCUCGCUUGUCUGAUGCUGCAUUGGAGGAGGAAGGGGCCACUAUGGAGUGCGGUCAUGGAGGCCUCGCUGUGUAUCCGCACGUGCCUUUGGCUGGUUCCAGCCUGCAUUCCCUUGCUGUCGCCAAAUGGACUUGCACACGGUACAGAACCCCUCCCUGGGGCUAGGACCCAGGAGCUGCCUCACGGCUCUGGGGCGUUAACCUGGGCAGUGCACCUGAACGUGCCGGAGGGCUUGGCCUCCCGCGAGGAGGAGCUGGAGCAACAGGCGGAUGAGCUGGCCAGGACAGGAGGCCUGGUGAACCUGGGCCGGAUCGGGGAGUUGAAGGGCCAUUACCUCUUCACCCACCAAGCAAGUGGGCAGCGCGAGCGAGGCCCUGAAGCAAUAAGGAGAUCGGUAGAGGCUUUAUUUGCACAGCACGACAGCGUGCGGUGGCACUCGGAGCAGAAGCUUCUGAAGCGCUCCAAACGCAGCCUGCACUUUAAUGACCCCAAAUACCCCCAGCAGUGGCAUCUGAACAACCGGAGGAGCCCGGGAAAGGACAUCAAUGUGACGGGUGUGUGGGAGCGGAACGUCACCGGCCGGGGGGUGACCGUCGUGGUCGUGGACGAUGGGGUGCAGCACACCGUCCGAGAUAUACAGCCAAACUACAGCCCCGAAGGCAGCUAUGACUUGAACUCCAAUGACCCUGACCCUAUGCCCUACCCUGACGCAGAAAACGGGAACCACCAUGGGACCCGGUGUGCUGGAGAAAUCGCAGCUGUCCCAAACAACGGCUUCUGUGCCGUGGGCGUUGCCUAUGGCAGCCGCAUUGCAGGCAUCCGAGUCCUGGACGGCCCCCUCACGGACAGUAUGGAGGCCAUCGCGUUCAACAAGCACUAUCAGAUCAAUGACAUCUACAGCUGCAGCUGGGGUCCGGAUGACGAUGGCAAAACUGUGGAUGGCCCUCACCAGCUAGGAAAGGCUGCCUUGCAACACGGGGUGAUUGCCGGCCGCAGGGGCUUUGGCAGCAUUUUCGUGGUGGCCAGCGGCAACGGAGGGCAGCACAAUGACAAUUGCAACUACGAUGGUUACGCCAACUCCAUCUACACCGUCACCAUAGGCGCGGUGGACGAGGAGGGGAACAGACCCUUCUACGCGGAGGAGUGCGCCUCCAUGCUGGCAGUGACCUUCAGCGGCGGGGAUAAGACGAUGCGGAGCAUUGUGACGACAGACUGGGAUUUGCAGAAAGGCACCGGCUGCACGGAGGGCCACACGGGGACCUCAGCCGCCGCCCCCAUCGCGGCCGGCAUGAUCGCCUUGAUGCUCCAGGUGCGCCCGUGCCUCACCUGGCGCGACGUCCAGCACAUCAUCGUCUUCACAGCCACCAAGUAUGAAGAUCGUCGCACCGUCUGGGAUGCUAACCAGGCCGGCCUCAGCCACAGCCAUGAGCACGGCUUCGGCCUGCUAAAUGCUUGGAGGCUUGUCAACGCCGCCACGGUCUGGGAGUCUGUCCCAUACUUGGCCUCGUAUAGCAGCCCUGUUUUAAAGGAGGGCAGGACCAUCCAGCAGGGCCCUCAGGCCCUGGAAGUCACCUGGAACGUCACGGCGAGCGACCUCGCGCUGUCUGGCAUGAGGACCCUGGAGCACGUGGCAGUGACCGUCACCAUAACCCACCCUCCCCCGGGCAACCUGGAAAUCAAACUCCUCUGCCCCAGCGGCAUGGUGUCCAAGAUCGGCACCGCCAGGAGCCUGGACUCGGAUCCCAACGGCUUCGCUGACUGGACCUUCUCCACCGUGCGCUGCUGGGGGGAGGAAGCCCAGGGCACGUACAGACUCAUUAUCAGGGAUAUCGGGGAUGGGACCCUGACGCUGGGGACGUUGAAGCAGUGGCAGCUGACGCUGUACGGCUCUUCGUGGACUCCGGCGGAGAUGCGGGAACGGCAGAGGUAG